GUUGGCCUGACGUCAGAUGUCGCUUUCAUAACCCCCCCCCCCUCGGGGGCUGAGGAAGGCUCUCCGCUGCUCUGAUGGGCCAGCCCAGUUCUGGCCCCGCUCCCCGGAGAGGCAUCUGCAUCCUCUGGGCUGAAAGGUAGCGCCUGUGCCGCUGACUUCCAGGCAUGAGGUGGCUCCUGCCCUGGACGCUGGCAGCUGUGGCAGUCCUGGUGGCGGGCAGCGUCCUGGCCACGGUCAUCUCUCCGACCCCCACAACCAUGACUUUCCCUCCAGUGCCACCGGAGGUCGCAACUUCACGCCCCGAGUUCUGCAAGUGGCCCUGUGAAUGCCCACAGUCUCCACCUCGCUGCCCACUGGGUGUCAGCCUUAUCACAGACGGCUGUGAAUGCUGUAAGAUCUGUGCCCAGCAGCUCGGGGACAACUGCACAGAGGCUGCCAUCUGUGACCCGCACCGGGGCCUCUACUGCGAUUACAGUGGGGACUGGCCGAGGUACGCAAUAGGAGUGUGUGCACAGGUGGUCGGUGUGGGCUGCGUCCUGGAUGGCGUGCGUUACACCAAUGGCGAGUCCUUCCAGCCCAACUGCAGGUAUAACUGCACGUGCAUUGAUGGCACAGUGGGCUGCACACCACUGUGCCUCAGCCCCAGGCCCCCGCGCCUCUGGUGCCGACAACCCCGGCAUGUGAGGGUGCCUGGCCAGUGCUGUGAGCAAUGGGUAUGCGACGAUGACGCAAGGAGGCCACGCCAGACAGCACUGCUGGACACCAGAGCCUUUGCAGCUUCAGGCACAGUGGAGCAAUGGCACGGGAACUGCAUAGCCUACACCAGCCCCUGGAGUCCUUGCUCAACCACCUGUGGUCUAGGAAUCUCAACUCGGAUCUCUAACGUCAAUGCCCGGUGCUGGCCGGAGCAGGAAAGUCGCCUCUGCAAUCUCCGGCCGUGUGAAGUGGACAUCCAUCCAUACAUCAAGGCUGGGAAGAAGUGUCUGGCUGUGUACCAGCCAGAGGAGCCCAUGAACUUCACUCUCGGGGGCUGUGUUAGCACCCGCACCUACCGACCCAAGUACUGUGGAGUCUGCACUGACAACAGGUGCUGUAUCCCCUACAAGUCCAAGACCAUCAGUGUCACAUUCCAGUGUCCAGAGGGGCCGAGUUUCUCACGUCAGGUCCUAUGGAUCAAUGCUUGCUUCUGCAACCUGAGCUGCAGGAAUCCAAAUGAUAUCUUUGCGGACUUGGACUCUUACCCUGACUUCUCAGAGAUUGCCAAUUAGGUAGGUGUGUGGCUCGGGGUAAAAGCCCCAUGUUUACAAAGCAUCCAGUCUCUGUGACCCAGGACUUCACAAGUGAGUCUUAUUCCAUCUACUUCCUACUCAAUUCUAUAUUCCCUGAACCUGACCAUUUGCCUGUGUUCCUAUUUUGACCAUCCUAUUGGCCCAGAAGAGCAUCGCUCAGACUCAGACAAUGCGUCCUUCCUUGGGGAUAGUCUAUAUCACUCCAAAGGAAACACAUCUAACACAUCUCUGACUGUUCAACAUGAAUCCCAAGCCUGACCCAGCCUGUCCGGUUCCAGCCUGGUCAAGUUGUCAGAAAUCGUGAUGGAGCUACCCAAGGAACAGAGUCAGCUGAAGAGCCAACAUCAAAGGCUCCUUCUUCAGAUGCCAAACCUGAUGAUGUUAGGAUCCUUUCAGAUAGAUGGAUGGGAUGGGAGACACAGGAAUAAGCUAUUAUUUGGGCCUUGCCAAAUGAUACUAUCAAAGGCAUUUUUGCCUGCAACACACCAAAGAACUUUGUACCACCAAGUCACCAAACAUUUUCCAGGUGAGGUCAAGGGUUGUGUCCUUUAUCUUUGCAAUAGAAAGUCAUUUCCAUUAAUCUGGGCAUAACUGAGGAUACAUUUCACUUCUCCCUGUAGUGUGAAGAGCUCAAAUUGGGUUCAUGUUAACCAGAACUGUAAUUUGAGAAAUUUUAUUUUGCCCAUCCUGUAGAGAUGGGACAAGGACAGCCAGUCUCACAGAUCAUAGCUGAUCAGGUCAUUGAAUCUGCAGCUGACCAAGUUCUUAGGGCAAUUAGCCAACUCUUUCCAACAUCUGGGCCUCUCUUGCCCUGAGGCUCCUGGGAGUUAGUAGGGAUCUUGGGAUGACCUGUCGGAUGUCUCAACAGCACCCUAAAACAGUGGGAUAGUUGGGAAGAUGCCCUCAUUGGGCUUGGAAGAUUCUUUUGAAGUUCAGAUCAGACCUAGCAGGAUGUAUGUAUCAAACAAAUAAGUAGGUCACCCUUCACUGCUCUGGGUGGCUUCUGGCAGGAGUGAUGAGGCCACAAUAGUCCCUGGCCCAUGAUGCAUCUCUUCUGCUUUAGUGAGCUACUUCAUAGUUUUAGUGGCUCAGUUUAUAGCCUUAGACAGAAGUUGACCACCUGUUUAGAAAUGGAAAUCUAUUUAACGGAGGUAAAAGCCAAAGAGUUUGUAAUUUGAAGAAAGAGAUUUCUCCUAUGUGAUAAUAAUGUUACUGUUUAUUUUAGCAGUAGAGUGUGAGAUUUUUCUGUCGUCAUUGGUUUACUGGGUUUGUUGUAUGCACUACCCUUUGUCUAUGAGAUUUGCCACAUCCUUGCUCGGUGGAGCUUUGUGAUAACAUUGAGGUGUUCCCUUCCUAAGUUCUGCUCUUGAAACUGUGAAAUGGAAGCCCAAAGAAGAAAGUCAACCAAAAUCACCCAUCUGGAGAUUCACAUCCCAGAUAUAUUAACUUCCUAAUUCAUAUUUCCUCUUUGCUUCAGAACCUUCCAAACAAGUCAGGAUGGGAAAGGCAACUGAAAUCAGCAGCUUGUCCUUCUCAGUUUGGCCCUUAAUAUUGCCUCUCUAGCUCCUCUCCCACAAGAGGGGAGUGUUUAAGUAUUAAGCAUCCAAACUAAAUGAGACAGGAAAAGGCAUGCACAUCUCCCAUGGCUCCUCCUACCUUGAAAUCAGAACCAGCUCACAAUAUGCAUUUGUAAGAUGGUUCUGUUUGCCCAGCACCAUAUGUGCUGUGGUGGGAAGAUGCCUGUGGGAGAACUAUACACAACACACAAAUGAAUUCUUAAAUAGAAAAGGGAACUUGCGAUUUCCCCUCCUUCUAGUAACCUCCCAAAGACCUGGCCUUGUGCAAGGCAAACAGUGGUGCUCAACAUGUAUUUAAGGAAAAAAAAUACAUUAUAUUUACACUCCUACUUUUCCUCAGAAACACUCUUCUUCCAAGAACUCAUCUUACCAGUGAAAAUCCUCCAUUAAAGGUGGCUUAGUACCUUGAAUACAUGUAUGUUCAUAUGUGUACAAGAGCUUGCAUGUAAAUAUAUGCUACCCUGGGGAUUAUCACUUAUGUAAGUUCUUUGUGGAUCAUGUUAGAUAUUUUUUUAGCUUGGAAAAAAAUCUGUCUUAAUAUCUAAUUCUGAAAGAGCUUCCAUAGGAGCUGUAAGUUGGGGUCUUACCAGGUAUCCUUCCUAUUUGGGGGAAUUGAGCCUAACAUCUUUGAUCAAAGGGGGCUCAGUUAGAGGAGUUAGGGUGAUCUUGGGACUAGAAAGGAGGGAUGGCCGAAGUAGCUCAGCAAUUAUUGGUUUUGAGAAAUGAACCUGGCCUAUAUGAGGAUCAGAAGAACUGUCUUAGAACCAAGAACUAAAGUCCCAAGGAAGAAGACAUGGAUGCAAUAUUAAGACUUUCUUUUUAAUGGUUAAAAACAGCCUGUAAUGGUGUGGCCUGAUUCAAGGAAAGUUAAGAAUAGCAAGUACAGUUUAAGAAAAAAAUAAGUCCAUUUAUUGAUAGCUUAUUUGGUGCUAAGCACCGUGGUGCCUUUUAUCAGGUUAUCAAUUAGAGCUGUGCUCAGAACACAACCUUUCUCCAUUUGAUAAACAAAAGCUCUGGAACUCAAAGGGACUGGGGAGCUGAGGCCCAGAUCCACACUUACUCCACCCCAGCGUAGGAGGAGAUCUAAACAGAACCUAAGAGACUGAUACUGGAGGCUCAUAUAAGCAAGGCCUUAGAUCCUCACCCUCCCCCACAAUGCUUAGAGGCAAAGAAAAGAGCAAUGAGAAGGCGCUAACCAUCUGUGAAGAAAUUCACUGUGGCACCCUGAGUGAACUUCUUGAGUGUGCUGAGAAAGAGAGAGAGAGAGGAGAGCGAGGAGAAGUGUGGAACAUGCAUCAACCAAGACCACUACUCCAUGCUUUACUGACAUAGCCCACUUAAUCCUUUCAGUGAGCCCAGGAGUUAUGCCUUUACCCUGCCCAUUUUAGGAUUGAGACGGCAAGAUCUUUAGAAGUUAAGUAAUUUACUCAAGUUCUUAUCAACCAGGGCACUAUAGACAAGCUCCGAAGCCCAAGAUCAUGUGACACCCAUGCCAUCUCCCAUGAUACUCACACUCAGACUACUUACCUGUCCCCCAACCAAAGGCUCCAGAGUCACAAGAGGGGAUUCACAGACCCGGUGCUGAAAUUCUAAUUUUGAGGUGAUUGGAGAUUGAUCAAAGAAAGUAAUUUCAAAUGAUCUGAUUGUCUGUAAUCACCCUAAUUGAUUUUGGAUGCUGUACACAUGGAGGUUGUGGAGAACAUCACAAUCUCUGACUAUGGUGUUGACUCAUGUCAUUUCUUUUUAAAGACUUGUGUUUGGCUGGGUGCUGAUGGUGCAAUGCCUUUAAUCCAAGCACUCGAGAGGCAAAGAUAGGCAGAUCUCUGUGAGUCUGAGGUCAGCCUGGUCUACAGAGUUAGUUCCAGGGCAGGCUCUAAAGCUACAGAGAAACCCUGUCUCGAAAAACCAAAUAAAUAAAAUAAAAAAAGACUUCUUUUUUUUUUU